AUGGGAUCAGUCAAAGACACCAGGCUUUAUGAUUUACUAGGCGUGGAACCUGGUGCAUCAGCACAGGAGAUCAAGCGUGCCUACAGAAGUGCAGCGCUCAAACACCACCCCGACAAGAACGGACAUUCUGAGGAGUCGAAAUUGCGGUUUCAACAAGUGUGCGAGGCAUACGAAGUUCUGGGGGAUGACAACAAAAGAGAGCUGUAUAAUCGAUACGGUAGUGUCGAUGCGAGCCAGUCGCUACAGGAAACAGCGGCGGGGCCGUCUUUCGGGCCACAUUUCGGCGCACCGUUCGGUUCGUCUUUUGGGCUAUCUGGAAUGUCUGCAGGAGACAUGUUUGCGCAGUUUUUUGGCGGAGGCAGUACGACCGGGGGGGUUUUCGACGACGAUUUUGGGUUUUUCUCGAAGGCUUCUUCCUCGGCCAGGAAAAGAGAUUUUGGCACUCGCCGCAAUCGUGGGCCGACUUCACACGGUCCUGACAUCAAACAUAAGUUGAAAUGCUCGUUGGACGAGCUCUACAAGGGAAAACACGCUAAACUAGCCUUGAACAGAACGCGUUUGUGUGCGACCUGUAAAGGAUCUGGUGGUAAACGAUCGGCGGCCUGUGAAACAUGCAGCGGGACCGGUGUAUGUACGCAGAGCAAGCGGCACGGGCCCAUGGUACAGACUUGGUCUUCAUCUUGCCCCACCUGCAGCGGGAGUGGUGUUUAUAUGCGGCAGAAAGACAUAUGUGCGGAUUGCGAAGGCCAGGGUUGCACGCAAGAGCGUAAGAUUUUUGAUGUCGAAGUACAGGCGGGUAUGGUUCAUGGUCAGGAAAUUGUGCUUCCUGGUGAGGCAGACGAAGUUGUCAAAACGGCAUACGGGCAGGAACAAGUGAUUCCGGGAGAUGUCAUAAUAAAGAUCCAGCAGUCAAGCGAUGAGGUGUUCAAACGGUUUCGCGAAUCUGAGCUCGUGAUAGAGAACUUCAAAGUGGAUUUGAAAACCAGUCUGUGUGGUGGCACCGUAUGGAUCGAUGGACAUCCCAAGGGCAGCGUCAUAUCGAUAGAAAUUCUUCCGGGUGAAAUUAUCAAGCCCGGUUCAGUUAAAUGUGUCGAAACCAUGGGGAUGCCGAAAAUUGGAGGCGGUUUUGGGAACCUUUACAUCGAGUUUGAGGUAGUUUACCCAGAUAACCUACAAAAGACAACCAUCGAUGGAUUGGCAGAUUUGCUGGAUAAGGAACCGUCAAUUAAGCCCAUGAGCAGUAAAAAGGCCUUUGUAGGUGAAACUGUAGAAGGAAAAGUCAUUGAGGAACACGUUUUGAGCAACCUUGUUCCUGAUUUCGAGAACGACGCCAGAGGGUCAUCAAAAACCAGCUCGCGAGCUAAUCACAAACGUCGCAAAUUUCCUGCCGACGAAGAAAGUGAUAGCUCAAGCUGUACAGUGCAUUAA